AUGAAGACCUACUGUGGACAAGUUGCUUCACUUCUCCAGGCAUUGAAUCCAGAAGUAAAAAACCUGAUGUUUUCAUUAGGAGAUGCUCGCAGGCCACUCCAUGAAACUGCAGUAUUGGUAGAAGACAUUGUCCACACUCAGCUGAUAAAUUUGUUGCAGCAAGCAGCUGACGUUUCUCAGCUGAGAGGAGCUCGAGUCAUCUCUGCUGAAGAUCUCCUGUUCCUAAUGCGCAAAGAUAAGAAGAAACUUAGAAGGCUACUUAAAUACAUGUUUUUUCGAGACUACAAAUCUAAAAUUGUCAAAGGAAUAGAAGAAGAUGACCUCCUUGAAGACAAAUUCAACAGUAGCAACACCAACAAACGGCAGAAGCUUGCUCAAGACUUUCUAAAUUCCAUUGACCAGACUGGAGAGCUGUUAGCCAUGUUUGAAGAUGAUGAGAUUGAUGAUGUCAAGCAAGAGCGGAUGGAGAGAGCAGAAAGACAAACACGAAUGAUGGACUCAGUCCAGUAUGCAGAAUUCUGUGAAAGUCGGCAAUUGAGUUUUUCAAAGAAAGCAUCCAAGUUUCGUGAUUGGCUGGACUGCAGCAGUAUGGAAAUAAAGCCAAAUGCAGUUGCAAUGGAGAUUUUGGCAUAUUUAGCAUAUGAGACUGUGGCACAGUUGGUGGACUUGGCCCUUUUGGUGAAGCAGGACAUGGCUCCCAAAGCUGGUGACCCGUUCAGCCAUGCCAUAUCUGCCACUUUCAUACAGUAUCACAACUCUACUGAGCCACAUCUCUCAGGGCAAUCUGCAAGUGUAAAGACCAGUCUUGACUCCCCUGAAAACACUCCACCUCCUACACCCACACCCCCAGCAUCAGCAGGACAGCAACUUCUUGGGAAAUCUCCAGCAGCAGCCCUGGGGAAUGGUGGAAUUGGACAGGACUCCACCAAAUCCAAACAAAGGAAAAGAAAAAAGAGCACUGCAGCCUGUGGUACAGAGGCUCAAAGUGAUGCCAUCCAGCCCAGCCACAUCAGAGAGGCCAUUCGACGCUACGGCCACAAGAUUGGCCCCCUUUCCCCAUUCACAUUAGAAAACUCAUCCCCUGGCAGUUUUGGUUCAAAUAGAAACCUUCUGAAUACAGCAAACAACUGCAAGUCUGUUGCUACAGUGAUCCAUAUAAAUAUCCCUUCUUGUGGCUUCAAAGAGAUCAGGGUUUGA